UUCUGAAGGUCUGCCCACCAAUUACAGGACUCCUUACUGGAAAAACCAACUGCUGGAGCGUGCGAAGAGUCCAUAGCAACGCCCUUUUGAAAUCAAAGGGGGGGGGGGGGAGACUGCAGUCAGCUUUCAGGCCGAGCGUCUAUGCCUCAGGACGGGAAGACGCUUAGGAUGGAUACCCCACCCCCCGGCGAGCCCCUAGGGAAGCAAAACGAAAAUCUGCAAAGCCAGGAUGAGGAACUGGGGUUUAAGGAAAUGGACGGUCUGAGAGAAGCUUUGGCCAACCUUAGGGGACUGUCUGAGGAAGAGAAGGGCGAGAAGGCAAUGCUCCGCUCCCGCAUCCAAGAGCAGUCCCAGCUCAUCUGCAUCCUGAAGCGCAGAUCCGAUGAGGCUCUGGAACGCUGCCAGAUCCUGGAACUGCUCAACACUGAGCUGGAGGAGAAGAGGAUGCAGGAGAUAGAGAAGAUGAAGGUCCAGAGUGAGCACGUCCAAAAGCUGGAGGGUCGCUUUAUGACCCUCGCAGCCAACCACGAGCUGAUGAUUCGCUUCAAGGACGAGCACAAGAAUGAAAACAUCAGACUGAAGGAGGAGAACGAGAAGCUGAAGCGGGAGAAUAGCAGCCUCUUCAGUAAGGCUCUGAAAGACCAGGAGGCCAAGGUACUGCAGCUCACCGCACACAACAAGGCCUUGGUGGAGGAACUGCAGGUCUUGAAACAGAGAUGUGCCCACGAUGCCAGCCAGGCUCAGGCCCGAGAGAAGGAGCUGCUGGGCCUGCAGAACCAGCAGGCCUGUGCCCAUGCCGAGGAGAGAGAGCAGCUGCUCAGCCAGCUGCAGAGCCUCAAGCAGCAACACCGGCAGGCCACCGAACAGAUGGCGAAGGACCAGGAGGCUCACAGCAGCCUGAGCCAGGAGCUGCAGGCUAGGCUGCAGACUGUCAUACGCGAGAAAGAGGAGCUGCUGCAGCUGUCCAUGGAGAGGGGCAAGGUUCUCCAGAACAAGCAAGCGGAGAUCCGCCAGCUUGAGGAGAAGCUGGAGACGGCAGCCAUGGCCAAGAAGCAGGCACUCGAACGCUUCGAGCAGGAGGCAGUGGCCGUUGACAGUAACUUGAGGGUUCGAGAGCUUCAGCGCAAGGUAGACGGGAUCCAAAAAGCUUAUGACGAGCUCCGUCUCCAAUCAGAGGCCUUCAAAAAGCACAGCCUGGAUCUUUUAAGCAAGGAGAGAGAACUUAACGCCAAACUCCGCCAUCUCUUCCCAUAAGGGAAAUUCUGCCUCCCGUUGCCUGGGGUUAAUACUUCAGAUAUUGUGCCGUAGCUUUAUGGCAAAAGCAAAGAUAAUUCAUUUACUAUACUUUUAAGUACAAAACCACUUUACUAUGACACUGUUGUUGUUGCUGUUGUAAAAUUAUUAUUAAUGUUCAGUUCGACCAGCUAGAAUACAUUUAAGAUUAACCAGAGUCCCCACUGUGCCUUUGAAAUUUUCUUUUUUUGUUUGUUUUCUUUAUUAUUUAUUAUGUAUAUAAUAUUCUGUCUGCAUGUACACCUGCAGGCCAAAAGAGGGCAUCAGAUCUCAUUACAGAAGGUUGUGAGCCACCAUGUGCUGGGAAUUGAUCUCAGGACCUUCAGAAGAACAGUCAGUGCUCUUAACCUCUGAGCCAUCUCUCCAGCCCCGAAGUUUUCUUAAGAUUAUCUGUUUCUUCUACCUCACAACUUACUCAUCUUCAACCUCAGAUGUCUUCCUAUUGCUUAAGAUUUAUGAUUUCAAGGAUCCCGAAAUGAAUGUGCUAUUGUGAAAAAAGGAACACGUAGCCCCAUUGACCGUUGCAGAGAGUUAGGCCUACUGUAGCACUGUAGCUAAGAUCAUAAACAGACCUUAGCCCGAUUAGCAAUGAAGAGAGUCUGAUUUGAUCUGAUUUCGUUUUAGCUUGGCAAACCAAAAGUUUGAUCGCUCGCUGGCUUACCAAAAUAUAAAAGCCAGCUCCGUUAGACUCAUUCUAUUGAGCAUUGAGAUUCAAGUUCACCGAGUCAUUGAUUUUAACAUUUCCUGCAAGUGUAGCUCACUCCCACUUUCUCGGUUUUUCUCCUGAGUCACAGGUAGGAUUUGGGUGUGCUGUACUGAGACUCCCAGUGGUUUCUUCUUCUAUUUUUCAGUAUGCUAAUGGGCAAAAGCACCUCAGGUUAGGGAACCAGUCAUAGCAGACUGUGUUUGUUUUUCCAGUAACUUAUAUACUGCUUUCUGUCAAUACAUUUCUUGUAAUUGAAUUUGCAUUUCAGAAGUCCAAGCUGAAUGUACAUAAAUACGUACACAUAUACAUACUUAGGAAUUUGGUAGGAAUAGCUAUUUAACAUGGCAAUUAAAUAUAGACUUCUUAAUGUUCUUAAAGAAGUAAAGUCUUCAAGUUAAUUACCAAAAUAUAAUUUAUUUCCCAUAUCCCCCAUUUUAAUCAUUUUAUAUAUGAAAUUAUGAAUACCUGUAAGGUAGACUAUAGUAUAGUAAUUUUUCUCAUUCAUUUGCUCCAAGAACACCAAUAGUUAUAUAGCAAGUUUUAUUUACUAAAAAAUUAUUACUUGCAGGCUUUCUUUUUGCUUGUUACUUUCCCUUUCUUCCUUCCUUGAUUCCUUCCUCCCUCCCUCCCUCCCUCCCUCCCUCCCUCCCUUCCUUCCUUCCUUCCUUCCUUCCCAGAGACAAAGAAACUUAGCCCACCCAGGUUGCCCUUGAAUUCCCCAUGUAAACAAUGUCACCCUGUAAAUGAAGAAUGAGAAAGUGUGAUUGUUGUAUAUCAAAGAAUUUUAUUUACAGAUGUGUUUAUACUUUUUGUGUGUGAGUGCUUUAUCUGCAAGUGUGCGCGCGAGUGCUUUGUGUGUGUGUGUGCAAGUGCUUUGUCUGCAUGUGUGCACACGAGUGCUUUGUCUGCGUGUGUGUGCAAGUGCUUUGUCUGCAUGUGUGUGCAAGCGAGUGCUUUGUCUGCAUGUGUGUGUGUGAGUGUGUGUUUGCGAGUUCUUUGUCUGCAUGCCUUUGUUCAAGGGGGUUAGAAGGCAGCAUCAGAUUCUCUGCAGCUGGAGUCAUAAAUGGUUGUGAGCUACCUUGUGGGUGCUGGGAACU